AAGCAGCGGACUGUAGUGCUGUACAUCGCCUCUUCCUGUUCCUUGGGUAGUGGCGGCUACUGUAGUGGCUACUGGCAGGAGAAGCAGGGACCGAAGAUAUUUAAUGAAGUUUAUACAUGCGGUCAGUCAUAGAGAUGAGCGAAAAUGGAUCGGAUGGCCAUGGACCCGCUGAAUUUUUUAACUGACGAUGAGCUGUUGCGGUUUUUCCACUGUAAAAAGACGGAGAUGUCGUGUAUUGAGCAACCUCAUACUUUUCUCAACCAGCUGCGAGACAACGACCUCAUACCGGAGGACCGGUAUCAAAAAGUGAUCAGGAUGAGGAGUAAACAGCUGAGGGAGAGGGGUGUGUACCAGAUACUGGAUUGGCUGGAGACUGAGAAGCCCCAUUGCAUCAAGCUCUUCUGGAGCUGUGUGUUCAAAGACCACAUCCUGCAGUUGUACCCUGACAUGCGUCUGCUGAAGAACAACUUGCUAGAUGGAUCUUUCCACUUCUCUGAAGCCUUGCCAGAGAAGAAAGAGAUGUCAGAGGAAUCCAAGGAGAAGGAGGAGAAAAAGAAGACUGAGGGGAAAAAGUGUGAAAAAAAGAGGGGGAAGAAGAUGAGAGAAAGAGAGGAGGAAGAGGACGAAGAGGACGAAGAGCCGGGUCCCUCUACCCAGUCCACGCCAAGCAAGAAGAAGAAGCCAGAGAAACCAUGUUAUGGUACUCCGAUCAGAAAGGGGGAGAAGGAGCUCAUCUGGGAAUGGCCGAUCUUCAGGACACAUCUACCUGUCACCUGCGGCAAUAAGAAGGGCAGCCUUUGCAGAGACAAGCUGGCCAAGGGAGAGAAGUGUAUCCUGGCCGAGGGGUCCUGGUUUGCCCCCCAGGCCUUCGCAGAUUUUGGGGGGAAGAAGAAAGCAAAAAAAUGGAAGGAGAGCAUUCGCUGCCAGAACACCCCCCUGCAGAAACUGAUCCAGGAGGGUCAUUUGAAAGCCCCAAAAUUCUCAUCGCAACGGAGAUCGAGCAGUCCAAGCGAACAGAGAAGGACGAUGUCAUUACGUACCAGGCCAUCUGAGGACAUGAUCUCUGAUUCAGACACAGAUUCAGACACAGAAGAAGAAGAAGAAGAAGAAGAAGACGAAGAAGAAGACGAAGAGGAGGAGGAGGAGGAGGAGGAGGAAGAAAAUGAUGAGGAAGAACCAGAGAGAAGUGGCCAAGCGGCAGUUGGGAAUGGAGACAUGUCAGAAUUUCCUGGUCGUCGUUUGUCUGUCACCUGUGGAUCAGCAACCGGGACUCUACAGAAAGAUCGUUUUGCAUCAGGGACCUCUGGGAAAUGCAUACGGACGGCCAGCAGAUGGCUGACCCCCGUCGAGUUCGCCAAGGAGGACCAGGAGCUCAGUUCCAGCUUCUGGAAAAAAAGUAUCCUGUGCCAAGGAGUACCACUCAGUGACCUCAUCGAGAGGAAGGUUUUGGAGUGCCACUCGCUCCUGUGUCUGUGCAGAAUUUGCAGCAAGGAAGUGAAGGACCUGGAGGAGCAGAGGAACGAUGAUGACUGCUCUGUCUGUGGGAGGCGGGGGGUGUUGCUCUGCUGUGACCGCUGCCCCCGUGCCUUCCACACAGAAUGCCACCUGCCCGCCGUGGAGAAGAGACUGCUGGGGGAAGAGUGGCUGUGUACAUACUGUGUACUGACUCAGUUCCAGGGCUGGAGUAUCGCGCUUGAACGCUCUCUCAGACAGGCUCUAGACUGUCGCACCUCAGACUUCAUGCUGCAAUGCCACUAUCUCCUCCUGCUGCUGUACUGCUCAGAUGAGGAUCACAUCUUCUCCUGCGACCCCAGUGACACGGUGCCACGCUACAGGGAAUUCAUUCAGAACCCUAUGUGGCUGAAGAAGGUAGCAGAGAAACUGCAGGAGGGGCAGUACUCCACUGUAGGCCAGUUCGAAUCUGACAUCCUACUCAUCUUUAAAAACGCUGCCACAUUCAACAGGGAAAAUGAAGUUGGACCAGUGGGUGCAAGACUCAAGCAGUUAUUUGAGACUGAAUUUCAGCAGGUCUUCAGUGUGAAAAACGACUCGGAUGCAUCAUCAGGCGGUCCUCACAAUGUCUAACGAAGUCUGUUUAACAGGCCAAAUCGGUCCUCCUACUUUCAUAAAAUGCCAUAUAUCUCAGAACUUUCAGUACACAGGUGUCAAACUAAUACAUGUGCUUUUCAUUUGAAACGUUAAUAAUUGAUUUGAUCAAUAUUAACAAAUAACUCGGUAUGCAAUAUAAAGCCACUUUUAGCGAUUCAUAAACUGGUGUUUUUAAAGAGCUGUUUUAAAUAUUAUGCGGUGUUUGAACACAAAAUGAUACAUUUCGUUUUUAGAAUAAUGUAAGUAAAAAAAGUAUGCUUGUGAAAUUUGAAAACGGGUUUUCUGUUGCUUGAUAUCAGCCGAAUGCUUAUAGUGAAUGCAUGCUCACAAAACGCCAGUGCUAUUAAAUUGUUUAAGUAAGCUUUUCAUAGUUUUUUUUCAGAACGUAGGAAAACAAUGUAUUCUAUUAGCGCAACUCAUAAAUAAACAAAAACGCUGUAUUCUGUAAGAGAACCCGCUUUGUAAAUAAACGAUCAAAACGCCCA